AUGCUGAAUAUAGGAAGAUUUGCAGGCAGAGCCUGGUUAGAACCUUCCAAAUUCAGCGGAAGGAGUGUAAUUAUGGGAUUUAGUUGUCUUUCAAGGAGAUUAGGGAAGAGAAAUAUCAACACUACAAGAAUGAAAUACAAGAAGGAUUUACACCCAAUAAUUGAGGAAAAUGGAGUAAAAAAGAAUGUGGUUGACGUAUUAAUUAUGGGAGGUGGAGUAACAGGUUCUGCUUUAGUAUAUCUACUGGCAAAGCAUACUAAUAUUAAGAGUAUAGUUUUUUUGUCGGAUAAAAAGGAGGCUGAGAAGAAUUUAAUAUAUCAUUUAGAUAAAACAAUACAUUCGGGUGAGACUGACACAAAUGCAGAUUUACAACAUUCUUUCAGGUUAUUGAAACUUUCAAAUAUGUUGAGAAAUUUAGUGAAGGAGUUUCCAGGAGGAGUGGGCAAUGAAUUGAUGGAAAAAAGGAACAAGAUAUUAUUGGGAUUAGGGGAAGAAGAGAAUAACAGAAUUGAGGAGAGAUUUCAGGAAUUUAGACAUUUUUUUCCAAAAAUAAAAUUAAUUGAUGGAAAGGAAAUAAGUAAGUUGGAACCAAAUAUUGCUUAUUUGGAUGAUUUUUCAAGCAAAUUAAGGAAGGAAAGAAUGAAUGGAAUAUUAUUACAUGAUGAAUAUACAAGUAUUAAUUAUGAUAUUUUAUCAGCAUUGUUCAAAAAAUUAGCGGAUGAGAUAUCUUUUAGAAAAAAGUCAUUAAUAAGAAACUAUGUAGGCAUGAACGUUCAAAGUAUUAAAAGGAUAUCUUUAGAUGGAGAGGUAUAUUAUAAGAUAGAUUCAGGUGGAAAAAAUAUAUAUUCGAGAUUUCUAGUAAUAAAUGAUAUUGGAACUGUAUUUAACUUAGUAAGAGAAUUAGGUUAUUGUUCUGACUGGAUAGUACUGAACAUGUUUGGAAAGUUUCAAAACACAGUUAAGGGGGAAUUAAGAGGAAUUGUAAGUGGCCUACAAAGUUUAUCCUGUCCAGAAUCAACAUCUGUUUAUGGUUUCCCAACAAUUGGUUCAAAAAAUAAUAUUCGUUUCUUAGCUUCUUCAUAUACUCUCCCAAUAUCAUGGUUAUUGAAAUCUAUGAAUUUGAGUGAUUUUUCAACAAUACGAGACAUUUCUUCCUCUCCAUUUGGCUUAUUUAGGAAUAUUAAAGAAAAGUCAUUAAGAGAUAAAAUUGAAAAGUUGAAGAGGGAAGUUCCACUGUUAAUAAAUGAACAGCUGAUUCAGGGAAGCAGAAGGAUCAUUCCAUCACUAAACACGAAUCAAUUAAAGGACAAGCAAGAAGAUUUUGAUAUUUCUAUUAAUCAGUUACUAAAUAUCUCAGGAGAAAAGAAUGAAAUCAUAUUAGAUCGUUCAAAGAUACACACUGACGAGAAUUUAAUAUUAAAUAUUGCUCAGCCUAUAAGUGGUACUACUUGUAUAGGAAGUGCUAGUGAAGAUAUGAUAACUAUAUGUAAUAGGCUUGGGAUUAAUAUAAACGAGAAUUCGUUAAAGAAGGAUAUUCCGGAGUAUGAAAUACACGAAAGCGAUUUUCAGAAUGAUUUAUAA